AUGGCCGCCUCCUUCAGCUGUCAUGUUGCACUAUUCCAAAUGUUAGGGAACUAUUUGAAAUAUGAUGAAUUCGUUUCGAUUCUGAAUGCCUGAUCUGUGCGUUUACUUGCUAGAUGAAACUAAAAGUCCUUUUACAUGGCGUACAUCUGUUUAAGUGAUUUGUGCCUGCACUGUUGCUACAUCAGCCAGCAAAAGGAGCACCUCGCAGCUCUCUAGUUUACUAUCGAUGACAGCGAAACUGGUUAGCUACUUGAACAGACGAGAAAGUUUACCCUGAGAAUCUUUCUGGUGUAUCCAAUAUGUCUCUGUCCCUAAUAUAUGCUCAGGACUAUAUGCUCCCUUUCGCAAGACGUCUUUUUGAUUUGAGGACAUGCAAGAUAAUACGAAAUAAACGAAGAUACACCACGGCCUGCACUGUGAUCAGACAUAGAUGGAUGAGAAGUGCGCCUGCCAUGUAUACGUACAGCUCCCGGCAGUGUAGCUCUAAAAGCAAUAAGGAGAAUAUUGAUACAUCCAAGUUUCCUGUGGAGAAGAUCAGGAAUUUUAGCAUCAUUGCUCACAUUGACCAUGGGAAGAGCACAUUAGCAGAUAGACUUCUGGAAAUAACUGGAGCCAUAGCCAAGACUGAACGGAACAAGCAGGUCCUGGACAAACUGCAGGUGGAGAGAGAGAGGGGGAUCACAGUGAAGGCCCAGACAGCCUCCCUUCUCUACACUCAGGAAGGCAACACAUACCUACUCAACCUCAUCGACACACCUGGGCACGUCGACUUCAGUUACGAGGUGUCCAGAUCCAUUUCAGCGUGCCAAGGAGUUCUUCUCAUUGUUGAUGCAAACCAGGGGAUUCAAGCGCAGACUGUGGCUAACUUCUACUUGGCAUUUGAAGCUCAGCUGACUAUCAUACCAGUGAUUAACAAGAUUGAUCUGAAAAAUGCUGACCCGGAACGGGUUGAAAAACAGAUAGAAAAGGUGUUUGAUAUCCCAAGAGAAGAUUGCAUAAGGAUAUCUGCCAAAUUUGGCACAAACGUCGAUCGAGUCCUUGAGGAAGUUGUCAGAAGAAUCCCUCCGCCCGUUGCCAGCAAAGAUGACCCAUUCAAAGCACUGGUGUUUGACUCCAACUUCGAUCACUACCGAGGAGUGGUGGCCAACAUCGCGCUCCUUGGGGGGCAGGUUCGUAAGGGGGACCGUAUCGUGUCGGCUCACCAGGGCAAGACCUACGAGGUGAACGAGCUGGGCAUUUUGCGGCCAGAGGAACACCCCACAGACAGAUUGUACGCGGGACAGGUGGGCUACGUGAUCGCAGGGAUGAAGGACGUGAAGGAGGCGCAAAUCGGGGACACGCUCUUCCACCACAAACACCCUGUGGAGGCGCUGCCGGGGUUUAAACCUGCCAAGGCCAUGGUCUUCGCCGGGAUGUUCCCAAUGGACCAGUCGGACUACAGCACCCUCCGCAGCGCAGUGGAGAAGCUGACCCUGAAUGACUCCAGUGUGACAGUGCAGAGGGACAGUAGCCCUGCCUUGGGGGCUGGCUGGAGGUUGGGCUUCCUGGGUCUCCUCCACAUGGAGGUGUUCAAUCAGCGCUUGGAGCAGGAGUACAACGCCUCGGUCAUCGUCACGGCGCCGACCGUGCCCUACAAGGCCGUCCUUUCCUCUGCCAAACUCAUCAAGGAGCAUGGGGAGAAAGAGAUCACGAUCAUUAACCCCGCCCAUUUUCCAGACAAGUCUCAGGUGGCUAACUACCUGGAGCCAAUGGUCAUGGGCACCAUUAUCGCCCCUGACGACCACAUCGGGAAGAUCAUGGCCCUGUGCCUGAACCGCAGGGCAGUGCAGAAGAACAUGGUCUACAUUGAUGACCACAGAGUGAUGAUGAAAUACCUCUUCCCCCUGAAUGAAAUUGUGGUCGACUUCUACGACCACCUCAAGUCACUGUCCUCAGGAUACGCGAGCUUUGACUAUGAAGACGCGGGCUACCAUCCAGCCGAGCUGGUGAAGAUGGACAUCUUGUUGAACGGCAACCCAGUGGAGGAGCUCAGUGCAAUCGUGCAUAAGGAGAAGGCCUACGUUAUGGGCAAAGCAUUGUGUGAGCGGCUAAAGGACUCCAUACCAAGGCAGCUGUUUGAGAUUGCUGUUCAGGCAGCUAUAGGCAGCAAGGUCAUCGCAAGAGAAACGAUCAAAGCUUACAGAAAAAAUGUACUGGCAAAAUGUUACGGAGGGGACAUAACUCGCAAAAUGAAACUACUGAAGCGACAAGCAGAGGGCAAGAAGAAGAUGCGGCGAAUCGGAAAUGUGGAAGUCCCCAAGGAUACCUUCAUCAACGUUUUAAAACACAAGGAAAAAUAGCAAGGGGCAUCGCAAUGACAGGUCUUGCCCUGUGCAAUUCUGGAGUGGGAAAUAAUUCACCAGUUGCUCGUCCUGAAAUGAUGAAGAGAGAAUAUUGAUAUUUAGACCAAGUCUAGUUCUAAUAAUCUACAUACACUUUUGAUUGUAUUCUUGUAAAUAAAAUUGUGGCCCAUAAUGGGAAUUAUUACAAUUUUUUGUUCAGAGAAAGAAACCGGUUGUAUUUUCAAACCAUUAUUUGCAGGAACACUAGCUGCCGUAAUGCUUUUGUGUGUGCAUUCUACUAAGAACAAUGUUUGAGUUUUAUUUUUUUUUACAGUGAUACUACUGAAGAAGAAAAAAGGAAUUUACCGAUUGUGUGCUGUGAACUGAUAAAUACCAUAGGCUCACUUGAAAGAAGUACAAUUUAAAGUAUUUUUUUUUAACAAAUUGAUUUAUUAGUCACCACAGUACAGACCCAUUGAGCCCUUAUGAGUACAAAUUGUGAGAAUGCAAAAGGGUGUGUUCUCGGGCAUGGGAGCAGAAGGAUACAUUUGUGAUUUGUAUCUGUUCCCCACAAGCAACAGUUCUCUCCCUUUGGUAGGAUUUUACAGUGCGACAACUUCCAGACAUUUACAACAGUGUCCAUCUAUUACCACAUUGUUGUGGGAGCGACUGAGAUUUCCUGUGCCACAUUUCUGUGUGGACACAGUGUACUCAGUUACAAGGUUCAAGUGAACCAGCGGAGUGGUUAAUAUACGAGAACAAAAUGCCUUACAGUUUGAUCGGCCCUUGCUGCUACAGUACAAAAUGUGGAGUAUGUUAAACUUCAUUUUUUUUUUUUUUUUUUACAGUAGUUAUGUACAGUAACUAAAACCAUACAUCCAUCAUGUGGUAAAUAGCGUGUCAAUCGCCUUGAUUUAUGUCAUUUGCUAGUGUUAUUUUCAAAUAUAUGUCCACUUUCUCGACAUGACAGAAAAGUGACUACAAUCUCCAGUUUCACAGAAAAAAUAAAACGCUACGGUCAAGGGUUGACAAUUUUAACAGCCUUAAGUAACCUUAAAUGCAUGUAACCUGCCAUAGUGGAACUACGUGUAAAAUAUCUGCAUAAAGUAAACACUAUCCCAUGCCCAGUAAACGCACCAUUCUACAGCACUUGAAAAGUUCAUCAUAAAGAGGUUUGUAAGAAUGCCAGCUUUAUCAAACAGGCUGCUUCAGUCUUCCUGGCCUCUACUUGGCUUACCUUGGAAUUUUUCCCUCUAAUGUGAUACAACCGAGUCCUGAGAGCUUGGAAACAGUGAAUAAAGUCAAUAUUUGAUAAUCCCCUAAGAUCUACGCAGAAAAAUGGAAAA